AAAUUUCCUUUCUAUUUUUCUCUGCCGUGGCGUUGGAGCUUCUCCGUCUCCGCCUCCGCCUCCGCCUCCGCCUCCGGCCGGUCCGAACCGCCCCCUUCUCCUCCUUCCAUGACCGCAAGACCCGGCCUGGUCCAUGCGGAACCCGUGGAAGAGGGCGCGGGCUGGCGGCCUCUCCCGGCUCGUCUCCGACCUCGCCAGGCCGGACCACGGCGCGUCGCUCGUCGUCCAGGCCGGCUUCCCCACCUCCCUCGCCGACCUCGUCGUCAAGAACCGCGAUCGCCUCAAGAAGCCCUCCCGCAAGAAGACCCCCUCCUCCUCGUCCACUAGGGUGCCUCCCGUCGCCGCCGGCGAAGAUGCCGGCCGUCCGGCGGUUCGCUGCUCCAGCGGUGGCGCCGGUGGAAUCUUGGAGGAGUCCCUACCAUACCCGGUUCCCAGUUCCAUCGAGAUCAAGACAAAUGCGAGCGGGUCCGGAUUUGGGCUUCUGGUGGUGAAUUUGUUGGUUUUAAUGGUUCUGGCGAUCGAAAGGAGGAAGCUUGUUGCUGGGAUCACGGUCUCGGCGUUUGCUCUAUUUUUGCUCGAUUUUAUGGGGUUGCAGGUGUUUGCGUUCUUGAAGCGGUGCUCGAAUGCGAGGAGGAGCUUGUAUUCGGCGAUCGGAGGAUUGGAUUUGGAGGGGACGGAGCGGGUUUGUCCUAUAAGGGAAGUUGGGGUCGAGGGCCAGGUGGAUUUGAUGCCAUCCAACAGGAAUUGGGAGGAAUCCUCCAUCGAUUCGGAUCAGGGGAGGGAGAUUUUGUCGGAAAGGAGGGAUCUUGCCGCGGGCCGAAAUGUUGGUUCUUCUGGUAAUUCAAAAGGAAAGAAGUUUUGGAGGAAGUUUGUCCCGAAGAAGUCUCUUGUGAGUAGAAAAGGUAAAGAUGAAAAGGAGCUGGUCUCGAAUUCUAGUUCCCAUUCGAGCAGAAGAGGAGAAUUUGAUAGCAUUACAGAAGAAGAUGCGGAUGAAGUGGUCAAUGGAAAAGGACACAAGAAAGAUAGCAAUGAAGAAGUUCUGAGCUUCAUUGCCUCCACUGAGGUCACAGAUUUUGAUAAAGAGGAGAUUGGGGACGCGAGUCGAGAAAUUGUUCUUAAGACUAGAUCAGGAGUCCCUCAGCAGUUUGUUUUCUUUGUCAUAGUUCUUUUUGGGCUUGCCGGAGGGAAGACCACAGCAGUCAUUCUAAGUGUGUCUUGGUGUCUGUUUAUCAAAUUAACUGAAACCGUGCGUAAGAAAUGAAACAUGCACGGAGCCGAUGUUCAGUUCUUUGAUAGGUUGUGCAUCAGUGAAAGGCUUUUUUUCUUCGUCUCUGAGGUAGGGGGAAGGCUGUUGUAUGUAUCAUCCAUUGUCACAAUUGAAAGCUCAGCUCAACCUUGCGAUGGCGAUAAGAGUAAUGAAGUUUAUAUAAGGUAUCAUACACAAAAGGCAAAAGGAAAAUUGCAAUUUUUUAUUUAUUCCUCUUGUAGCUUGAUCUCUUUUAGUUCUUCAUUGGUUUUGCUGA